UUGAGUGCCGAGGCAGCCGAGAGAAAUGUUGUUACAAUCGAUAUUAAUGAAAAUAUUGGCCGUUUUUUUGGUCUGCUGGCUGGGACACGUCACAGCCCAGUCAUCUGCCGAUUAUAUAGAGCUUGAAAUUGGUUCAAGGGGUGAAGGUCCACCGGAAAAGACGGAAUUUCCCUGGGGCAAUGAUGACCAGGAUCUUGAAGCAACAUUUUAAGUUUCUUAAGAUUUUUUAAAUUCUAUAAAUUGCAUCAUAUACAUCUCUGUUAAAUAUAUUAUAAAGAGAAUCCAAGUCUUAUCAGUAAAGUUACUUGUUAUAACCAAAAUUAUACUAUACUUUUGGGCCCAUAGAAAAAUAACUUACUCUUGUAUGACUUAGUCUUAAUUUAAUUUAGUCAGUUAUAAUAUAUAAACCACCUAUUGUUUGUCAAAACUGGCUUUAUAUAAAAGUAAACUCUUUCUACUCAUGUAUUAAAUUAUAUCUUACUACUUUAUAAAUAUAUUCUAUAUCAAUACCCAU